AUGGGGUACUUGUUGAAAGAAGCUCUGAAGACUCUCUGUGGGGUUAAUCAGUGGUCUUAUGCUGUUUUCUGGAAGAUUGGCUGCCAAAACCCCAAGCUUUUAAUAUGGGAAGAUUUUUACUACGAAACUGCAUCAUGUUCACGGCUAGCUGGAAAUCUAAAUCCAGAGAACACGUUUCGUGACUUCGGUACUUCUUGGGUUUCAACCGAAUCUUGCGGUUUACAGUCGAGCGUUCAGGCAGCGGACAAGGUUCAUUUUCUUGUAAACAAGAUGAUGAUGGACAAUCAAGUUAAUAUUGUCGGAGAAGGGUUAGUUGGAAGAGUUGCAUUUACUGGAAACCAUCAGUGGGUCCUAGCUGAGAACUGCUUUAGAGAAGCUCAGCCACCAGAGGUUCAAAAGGAGGUGUGCCUACAAUUUGCAGCUGGUAUGCAGACGGUUGCUGUCAUUCCCGUUCUGCCCCAUGGUGUUGUUCAAUUUGGUUCAUCCUUGACCAUAAUGGAGAAUAUGGGGUUCGUAAAUGACGUGACAUCACUACUACUUCAACUCGGAUAUCUUAACGAACUACCUAAAGAACACACUCCGCAUUCGGUCAGCCCACCUUGCUCGUUCGACAAUUUCAACUAUGUUUCAAACUCGGCCGAACCUUCUAUGAUUGACUGCCAAACAAAUUUGGUGGCAAAGGCUGAAGUUUUUCCCUCCAACUCAGAAAUGUGGUCAUCUCUAAGCUUACCUUCAAAUAUGGACAGUAGCAAUAUAAGAUGCACAGAACCAAAAAUGUUGUUCAAUACCCCAAGCUCGUCCUCUUCUCUUUUGAUGCCCUCACAUAGAACGAAUCUCAGCUCGAUGUAUUAUUCUGAUGAAGGAAACAAUAAUUCAAAGAACCUGUCUUCUAGUGAGCUAAAAAAUGUCAUCUUUUCCAAAUCAGAUACGAAUCAUACGGACGAGAAGCUUAGGAAAAAUGAGUCGAGCGUGGUUAAGAGAGAGUUAGAACAGAAUGCAAUUCAGGCUUUUAAUAUUGGCAGUUUUGUGGACGGCAAUGAGAAACAGAAUUCCGGAGAUGAUUUGUUCGACGUUUUGGGAGCUGACUUCAAGAAUAAAUUAUUCAAUAGUUCCUGUAAUAAUAAUGAGUUUAGUAAUAAUUUUCCAUCCAUUACUAAUAGCCGAGGAAAUUCAGAAAGUGGGAUUUUUUCCUCGACUAGUUCUACUGACCAUCUUCUAGAGGCUGUGGUUUCUAAAAUUCCCCAUCCAACCAAACGUGGUCUUGAUGACAGUGUUUCUUGCGCGACCACUUUCACGAACAUUAGUAGCUCAUCCGAACCGAAUUCUUGUUCGUUACCUUAUGGCCGGUUCGGGAUUUCGGAUCGCAUGAAGGGGGAGCUGUUUGGGGUGCCGAAAUUCAUGGCCAAAGCGGGGUCAAUGAGUUGUGGCUCGUUGGGAAUGGGGCCCACAAAGGAAGAGUCAGGGGCUUACUCUCAAGGGAGCUCGAUUUUUGGGUCGCAAAUAAGUUCGUGGAUUGCGAGGGAUCAGAAGGGGAAGCAGGCUACGAGCUUGUCCACUGGAUAUUCGAAGAAAACGGACGAGGGGAGUGGUAAAACGGGUCGAAAGAGGCUUAAACCCGGAGAAAAUCCCAGGCCAAGGCCAAAAGACCGGCAGAUGAUCCAAGAUCGUGUUAAGGAACUAAGGGAGAUUGUGCCCAAUGGGGCAAAGUGUAGCAUUGAUUCUCUACUCGAGCGUACUAUCAAACAUAUGCUUUUCUUGCAAAGCGUGACGAAGCAUGCGGACAAGCUGAAACAAACUGGAGAGUCUAAGAUUAUCAGCAAAGAUGGUGGUUUGCUCUUGAAAGAGAAUUUUGAAGGUGGAGCUACGUGGGCCUACGAAGUAGGCUCACAGUCAAUGGUCUGUCCAAUCAUAGUCGAGGACCUAAAUCAGCCACGUCAAAUGCUCGUUGAGAUGCUCUGUGAAGAAAGGGGUUUGUUUUUAGAAAUCGCAGACAUAAUUAGAGGACUGGGGUUAACCAUAUUGAAGGGAGUCAUGGAGACUCGAAAAGACAAGAUUUGGGGGCGCUUUGCUGUUGAGGCCAAUCGGGACGUCACAAGAAUGGAAAUAUUCAUCUCGCUAGUUCGCCUCUUGGACCAAACUGCAAAAAACGAUUCAGAAAAGACCCGAAAAAUGCCUCAACAAUUUCACCAAGUCGCUCCAAUUCCCGUUACAACCCACAAUUUUCAAUGA